AUGGAUAACACUACAUCUGUGAUAACUGAAUUCAUUUUAAGAGGAAUUCCAUACCCAGUAGAACUGCGUGUGCCCCUUAUUGUACUCUUCUCCUUUAUAUACAUAUUCACACUUUUAGGGAACUCUUUCUUGAUUGUAGCAGUUAAAGAAACUCCCACUCUACAUACUCCUAUGUAUUUCUUCCUUAUAAACCUUUCUUUUCUAGAUAUUUGCCUUUCUUCUGCCAUAUUACCAGAGUUACUUGGGAAUUUUCUAUUAUAUAAGACGAUUCCAUUUAGUGGAUGUGCGUGUCAGUUGUACUUUUUCCAUUUCCUGGGAAGCUGUGAGUGUUUCUUGUACACUGUCAUGGCAUAUGAUCGAUAUGUGGCCAUAUGUCGGCCUUUAUACUACUCCCGCAUGAUGAGCUGGAGGAUAUGUAAGUCUUUUGCCUUUGGAUGCUGGUUGACUGGAUCUCUUCACUCAAUGACUCACACAGUGUUAACUUUCACUCUACCUUACUGUGGUUCCAAUGAAAUUGACUAUUUCCUCUGUGACAUUAUCCCUAUUUUGAAGCUGGCCUGUGCUGAUACUACAGUCAACAAGAUAGUGACUCUAGCCAAUAUCGGAGCCGUGGCCUUACUCUGUUUAAUCCUAAUACUGACUUCUUAUCUCCAUAUUCUCAAUACAAUUCUGAAAAUAAACACUGUGAAUGCCAGAAAGAAAACAUUUUCUACAUGUGCUUCUCAUAUUAUUGUAGUAUUGUUAUAUUAUAUUCCAUGUGUAUUUAUUUACAUGCGGCCUUAUUCUGGUUCCUCACUGGAUUGCUUCGUAGCUAUUUUCUACACCCUCAUCACACCACUUUUAAAUCCCAUUGUCUACAGUCUAAGAAAUAAAGAGGUAAAAGUAGUUCUGAUAAAAUUGAGAGAUUUAGUGGCAUACUCUAGGAAGAGACAGGAACAGGAAGAAUCACAUAAUGCAGGAGGCAAAAGUAGUAAAUUUAAAUCUAAAUCCAAGAGACCUUUUUUCGUUACACCCCGUAAGGAGGAGUGGCAAAACCCUAUAAAGGCUAAAAGAAAAGACACAGAAAGGAAGUCAUCAUGCGGGUGA